AACAUGUGCGUGAAGUAAUGAAGUUGGGAGCGAAGGUGGGAGAGGCUUCUCCAUUUUACUGAGAGAGUGAGCAGCGCCGAAUAGCUGUGGGAAAAAGGAAGCUAAGCUUAGAUACAGAUUAAAGAGAUCACAAAAACAACACAAAACCAACGCAAAAAAAAGAACACAAUUAUGGUGCAGUGGCAGAGGCAUAUUUUCCCGAUUCUUCGUCGUAUUCAUAAGGGAGUGGAGCAUGCUAAUAGUUCGGCUACAAACCUUGUAAUUUAUCGCUUUGGCUCUUCUCUUUCACAAGGUCAGUUACAGAGGCAAUGGUCAACAAGUUUGCCAAGUGUCUCAAGGCCUUUUUAUCAUUGUUUUCAAUAUCAGGGAAUUUCAAGUUCUACCCAGUUGCUCAAAAAUUCAUCGGAGGAGGCACCUGUUUCGUCGCCUUUAGUUCCAAUUUCAUCAUUAGGUAGUUCAAAAGGUGAAGAACAGAAUCAGAAAGCUAUUACUAAGGCUGAAAAAGUUCAAGCAGUACUAAAGAAAAUAAAGCAGAGUCCAAAGAAGGUCAACUUGGUUGCUACUUUGGUUCGUGGUAUGCUUGUUAAAGAUGCAUUGCUGCAGUUGCAAGUGACAAUAAAGCGGGCAUCAAAGACUGUAUAUCAGGUUAUUCAUUCAGCCCGAGCAAACGCUUCUCACAAUCAUGGUUUGGAUCCAGAACGCCUCAUUGUUGCUGAAGCAUUCGUAGGAAAGGGAGAUUUUAAGAAGAGAGUUUCCUACCAUGGCAAAGGAAGAUCUGGAAUCAUGCACAAACCGGAAUGUAGGCUUACUGUUGUAGUAAGAGAGAUAACCCCUGAAGAAGAGGCAGAGAUUGCUAGGCUGAAGGUCCACAACUUUAAGAAGCGCACUAAGAGGGAGAGUCAACUUGUGCCGCACCAACUUAUCGAGACAACUCCUGUUUGGGGCAGAAAAAACAAAUCUAACCGUCAAAACUCAAGUGCAUCAGUUGCAUGAUCCUUAUUUAUUUUAAAGUUUCAUGGUUUAAUUUAUGGUUAUGGCAUAGUUUUUUGCAAUAGAUUCUUGUGCAUUACCUCGAAAUAGUUGAGACAUGCAAACUAUGGAGUAUUAGAAUUUGUUUGCUCCUUGUUGCAAAUAAUAAAAUUUUGUUUUGAACCAUGAUUCGUAUUAAUCUCAUUAUCAGCUUUGUUUCGGUCCUACAAUAAUGCCUGAAGACAUCACAAACAUGCACUCUAAUAAGUUGUUAUAAAUUGAUCGGUAAACUAGUAAGUUGAUUACUUGUAUGACGUUAAAUUUGAAAAAUGCUCUAAUCUUGGCAUCAUAAGGGAUAUUCAA